AACUAAUUCAACUAUUCAAACCGCCAAUAUACUAUUCAAACCGUUAUUAAAUUCGAGUUUCAUCUCUCCGACUUUCUUAUUAAAUGAAUCAGCCAAAAUUAAGCUUAAUUGACCUUCUGAUGAAAUGACUUGUAUCAUCUCUUCAAGUUGAAUUGACGUGAUGUCUGAGAUCAUGCGAUCAAGUUGGUCCUGAACCAGUGAACACCCUUAGCACCAGCAGCCACCAUUUAAACAUAUCAACGUUCAUGUCAAUAGUCAAUAGAUGAAUUAAUUUCCAAUACCCAUAUCUUUAAUUAAUCAAGAAAUAAUUAUAUCCACAAAAUAUUAACUGCAAACAAAAAAUCUAUAUUUUUAGCACACUGCUAUAACUUGAAAGAUGAUAUUUUGAUCAUCAGAGCAUGGAUGUGUCAGUUAGGUUACAAACAUAUGGCCCUACUCUUGCUAACAUCUUCAGCUCCACUUGCCUACUUAUAGCUUUAGCUGAUGAGUUCUCUUUCUCAGUAUGCCAAGCAAUUUCUAGACGAAGAUAAGUCUCUUUCUUCCAUUAUUUCUUCUUUGAUCUACAGCUCCUCCACGUUUGGUUGGUGGACAAGGAGACCUCUCUGGCUUAUAGCCUUCUUCAUAUUCAAGACCAAAUUAUUCUUGUCUGUCUACGAGAACUUCUGAUUGCUCUUUUUGCUGUUGGGUCCUUUUCGUUUUCCUUUUUGUAGCUUUGUGUGCUUCCUGUUGGGUUCUUUUCUUCCUUUUUCUAUGGUUAUGGCCACCUUAACAUCAGUUGCUAGCCUCACGCACGCAUUGUCCUUGGACAGCAGCAGGAGAAAUCUCCGUGAUGUUUCCUUCUCUUCUUUCUUAAACAACUCGGAGGAAAUCGUCGUUCGGAAACUUGCAGAGUCUAAUCAAAAUGUUAGUUCUCAGGAAGAUGAAGAAAUCGGUGUAUUUGGUGCUGAGAAAUACUUCAAUGGAGGGAUAGAUGAGGACAGUCCAAGAAUUUCUAGAACUGUAAUCCCAAGAAAAUACCACCUGCCACCAAAGAAAGAUGCACAAUUAAAUGAUCAUAUGGUCCCUAUAAAACCCAGUGUUCAUCCUGCAACUCCCAGUGUUCAUUCUGAAUCCAGUUCGAACAGCCAGAGCGCGUUGCUGCGAAGCGUUCACAGAAGAACUUUACAAACAAAGACAAACAAGGUUCGUGGAAAGAUUGGCAAGAAUAUUUUUGCUGCCCUUGGCUGCAAAUGCUCUUGUUCUGAUAAGGAUUCUAUUGAUGUUGACGAUGAACAUGUCGGUGAGAUCAGUUUCAAGAAAAGUACUAAUGCUGCUAUGCUUCAAGGCAAGGCCAUUACAGAAGAAGAAUGUAUAAAGGCUGGUCUUGAUCUUGAUCAUAAACCACGCUCAAGAUCACAGCUCGAGGGCUUGGAGAAGUUGGGAACUGGAAUGAACAAAGAGAACUCUUUUAGAUACCCAACUUCAAAUUCUGAGGCAGGAAAUCUACCCAAAAAAUUGCAGCUUCAACAAGAAUCUAUAAAGCCGAGGAAAUCACUAGAAGUCUUUGGAUCCCCAGUACAUGGCAGGAGAAGCCAGUCCUUCAGAAUUGAGAGGAGGCUAUCCAUGUUGUCUUGGGAUGCAGCAGCUCCAAGAAUGGAGGAAAUCGAUUAUUCUGCUACAUCUGGUGGAGUUUACAAUGAUAAUGAUAGCGAUGCAAGUUCAGACUUAUUCGAGAUUGAGAGCCUGACAGGAAAAGUAACCCCAUUUCUUACAAGACAAGGUUCAGAUGAUGUCACCUCUGGCUGUCUCACCCCGACAACUUGCUAUGCACCGAGCGAAGCCAGCAUAGAGUGGAGUGUGGUCACUGCCAGUGCUGCUGAUUUCUCUGUAAUGUCCGAUCUUGAAGAGCUAAAGCCACCCACGACAGCAUCAUCAAGUCCGAUCAAAGCCUUUCUUAAUUCUGCAAAUGCAAAAUCUGGAAUUGGCAAAGACUCCCCAAGGCGCCGCCGUUCCAGCAUCUUGUUGGGAUGUAAUAGUCACCAAGCUGUAAGUGUUGCAGGAGACGCUUACAAAACAAAUGAUAAUGCAAGUUUUGAUUCACGAACACGUCGUACCUCGGGUUUCUACGAGCCAGUUACAAGGUUUCAGGCUGAGACAAAGCCGAUGGGAUUCCAUCCCAGACAAAGGCAACAUGUCCUUAGCACCCAUUUACAGAGUUUCCAUUCUUCCUACACUCAAUAAUCUCAAUAUUUCGUAACUUCAAUAUUAUACGAGGCAAUAAAGUUCCCUCUUUC